AUGACCAGUGUUUUCUCAGAUCUUUUGGAGGAUUGCAUGGAAGUUUUCAUGGACGAUUUCAGCGUGUAUGGUAGCUCCUUCGAUGCUUGUCUAGGGAACUUAGCUAGGGUACUAGAACUAUGUACCAAUACUAACCUUGUAUUAAAUUUUGAAAAAUGCCACUUUAUGGUGAAGCAAGGUAUAGUAUUGGGUCAUAUUGUAUCUAAAGACGGAAUCUCCGUCGACCCAGCUAAGAUUGAUGUCAUUUUGAGUCUAUCUUACCCCUCCUCAGUGAGGGAGAUCCGUUCCUUUCUUAGUCAUGCAGGCUUUUACCGUCGGUUUAUCAAGAAUUUUAGCAAAGUUGCCUUACCCCUCUCCCGCCUACUUCAAAAGGAUGUGGAAUUUCAUUUUGAUGAGGAUUGCAAAAAGGCUUUUGACGAGUUGAAGGAAGCAUUGACCACAGCCUCUAUUGUGCGAGCCCCGAAUUAG